AUGGGCCAUGAUAAUAUUGCCAAGCUCGCGAGUCUACUCGUAAAGCUACACAGAGCUCCAUCAGGUUGGCUCUGUCUCCAUCCCCGGCUUGACCGAUCAAGCAGCAGAGGAGGAGGAGGAAACCAACGACGGAUCAAGCUCGUGAGAUCCGACGGCGUUUCAGAAGUGUACGACCGUCCCGUGGUGGUCUCAGAGCUAACAAGAGACUUCCCAAAGCACAAAAUCUGCAGAUCGGACUUGCUCUACAUCGGACAGAAGACCCCUGUUCUGUCGGAAACCGACACGCUUAAGCUCGGACUCAAUUACUUCCUCCUCCCGUCGGAUUUCUUCAGCAACGAUCUCUCGUUCCUCACCAUCGCCGCGUUGAAGUCUAGUCAAAACGGACGCGUUCCGGUGAGGACAUCCCAUCAGCAGCCUUUUCUUAUACAAAAGGGAGAGAAAGGAGAGCGUUUGCGGAUUCGAGUGUCGGAAGAUUUCAUGUCGGAGUUGAUGAUGGACGCAAGAAAAACCAGAGGAGAGGAGAAGGAAGAGGAAGAGGAAGCAGAGAGCGAAGGGAGAGUUUGUACGACGGUGAAACUGAAGAAGGAUUAUGUUCAAUUGGUUGGUCUGCGUAAAUGGAAGCCAAAGCUGGAGACGAUAACGGAGACCAAGGCGAUGAAAGCGACGGUGGAGAAGAAGAUGAAGAGAAAGAAGUUUCCUGUGAUGAAGAAGAGAUCAUCCAAAGAGUCUCAGACUGAUUCUUGUGCCAAGCGUAAGCUUCAAUCCAAAUUCAAGUCCUCCAAAACUAAAAAAACUAUUCCGAGAAAAUAG